UAUGUCAGAACGAGAAGGAUUGACGUCAAUGACGGCUGUUGAUUGGUCCUCAGCCGUAUCCGGUGGGGCAGCGGUCCAGGGCCAGGAAAAAAAUCGAAGUGAGGAGGAGGAUCGGGUAACGGUGCGCUUUGUGAAAUAUCUAAUCUACCGAGUGUCCGUCGAAAGGCUCGGUGGGAUUUUACAGCUUCGAGGUAGAGGUCACAGAGCAGGGUCGCGGUUGUCGUCAUGGCAUCUGGAAGCACGAGCAGCGAGGAGGAGCGGAGUCUGAGGGAGUGCGAGCAGUACGUGCAGAAACACAACAUCCAGCAGUUGCUGAAGGACUGCAUCGUCCAGCUGUGCACCUCCAGGCCCGACAGGCCCAUGGCGUUCCUCAGGGAGUACUUCGAGAGGCUGGAGAAGGAGGAGGCCAAGCAGAUCCAGAACCAGCAGAAGGCCAGCAGUUCUCGCUCCGACUCGCGCGACGAAGAGGUGUCUCCCCCCAUGAACCCUGUGGUGAAGGGCCGCCGGCGGAGAGGCGCCUUCAGCGCCGAGGUGUACACGGAGGAGGACGCCGCUUCCUACGUCAGAAAGGUGAUUCCUAAAGACUACAAAACGAUGGCGGCGCUGGCUAAAGCCAUCGAGAAGAACGUCCUGUUUGCACAUCUGGACGACAACGAGAGGAGUGACAUUUUUGACGCAAUGUUUCCAGUCACCUACAUCGCUGGAGAAACCGUUAUCCUUCAAGGUGACGAAGGGGACAAUUUCUACGUCAUCGACCAGGGAGAAAUGGAUGUGUACGUGAACAACGAGUGGGUGACCAGCAUCGGCGAAGGCGGGAGCUUCGGAGAGCUGGCGCUGAUCUACGGCACCCCCAGAGCGGCCACGGUCAAAGCCAAGACCAACGUGAAGCUGUGGGGCAUCGACAGAGACAGCUACCGGAGAAUACUCAUGGGAAGCACUUUGAGAAAGAGGAAGAUGUACGAAGAGUUCCUCAGGAAAGUGUCCAUUUUAGAGUCUCUGGACAAGUGGGAGCGUCUGACGGUCGCCGACGCCCUGGAGCCGGUCCAGUUCGAGGACGGACAGAAGAUCGUCGUGCAGGGAGAGCCGGGAGACGAGUUCUUCAUCAUCCUGGAGGGUUCUGCCGCCGUUUUGCAGCGCCGCUCAGAAAACGAGGAGUUUGUUGAAGUCGGGAGAUUAGGCCCCUCCGAUUACUUCGGUGAGAUCGCCCUGCUGAUGAACCGCCCCCGCGCCGCCACCGUGGUCGCCCGCGGCCCCCUGAAGUGCGUCAAGCUGGACCGGCCUCGCUUCGAGCGGGUCCUGGGCCCCUGCUCGGACAUACUCAAACGCAACAUCCAACAGUACAACAGCUUCGUGUCGCUGUCCGUCUGAGGGCUCAGACCGCCGCCAUGCAAUUUGCUUUCCCCUCUCUCUUCUUUUCCUCUUUUCUUUCUCUCUCACACACACAGAUGGUUUUGCUGUUCCACCCGUCACGCAGAGGUGAUUCUCAGCCACUCACCAGCGCUUCUACCAGCUGCUGUUCGCUACCUUGUAGGCACGGUUUUCUCGUUCGUGUAAAUACCUGUGAGUUUUCCUUCGGAGGUUCUGAAGGACUUCAGAGACAGACAAUCAUACUUUCAGUGUCAGCUACAGACCGAGGGGGACUCCUUUUGACAGCAGUUUGAUUCCAUUCACAGAUCAAGAGCUGCUGUCGCUCCGAUGUUACACAUUUACUUAACGCUUUGGUUGGUUUUUUGAUCGUUCGGGGAGGAUUUGGGUAGUUUGGAGAAAGCUUGUACAAUUUUUCUUCUUUUCUCGGUGUGUGUGUGCAGCUGCCAGGCUAGUGCCAAAUGUUGAUGAUUUUUGUUGAGAUGCAUAGGCGAGGAGCUCCAGCAGGACGUUCUUCUUCUUCUCGUUAAUUAUUGUAACAGACCCUGAAAGAACUGCCUUGAAUACUCUGAGGGGGAACUAGGAAGAGUAUUAAGUGAGUUUCAGUAUUCAGUUUAUUUCGGUCACUCUUCUGCUCAUCCAAAUGUAAGCAGAAUAUAUUAAUUAUGGUAAAAAAAAAAUGGUUUGGAGUGAUCUUAAAAGAAUAUGUUUAUCUGUCUUUUGUAAACAUUUAUUUUUCCAUAAAUUCUAUUGUAGGUGUCCAGUGCCACAAAUGAUUAAAUAAAUGCUUCUUCUUGUCAACUGACAUAACAGUAUGUAAUUGUAUUGUGUAAAAAUGUGACGGGGGGGCGUUAAAGAACCCCCCAAAAACCAGAACUGUGUCGUUGCUGAUUUGGAGAUCUGAUCUGGUGUGAAUGGGGGUUUGUUAGCUUAAACGCUUCCUAACUGUUCAGCAGCUUUUACUUUCUGUUCUUAAUUUUUACUUUUUUUUUAAAAAUAUAAGUCACUUCUGGAUGAUAUUCUUAACUCUUCAUUCCUUCUUCUUGCCGGAAGAGACGUGCUGUCAGUGUCGGCCUCAUUGGCUUUGAGGUUUUUCUUUAAAGCCGAUGGAAUCUCCCCUAUAGUUCCUCUCGCGUGGGUUCCAUUGACGGCACAUCCCGAUCCAUAGGAAACGACUCCGUUCACCGUCAUUAAAGCUGUUUUCCUGUAAAUAGCGGCAUCGAUCCACAGCGUUUCCAGCCACUCUGCAAUCGUCCCGGUUUGCCUUAGCUUCCCUUACCUGGGCUUACUGUAGUAUCCAGUCACUCCUGCGAGCCCGACCGUCAGUCAGUUUGUUCGGUGUGCAGCACGAGGAGCUGCAGGCCGCCAGAGGACCAUUCUUUUUCUAUUUACCAUGUAUUUAGUUUGACCUCUGUGUGCAAAGAUGUUUAUCCUUUUGGUAUAGAUUGUUCCAGAUGGCAGUUUAAGCAAUAAAAAGUCAAAAAUC